AUGUCUGCAAUUAUCGUUACAGGCAAGUCUUCCACUAUCGUUGAAGCAAUGUGGCAACUUCUGGAUGAUAAUCCUACUACCAGGAUUCUCGCCUGCGCGGCGUCAAAUGCGGCGGCCAAUUGGCUAUUGAAAAAAUUGAGUAAACGACUACCUCCUGAAGAAAUGGUUCGAAUCAACGCCAUUUCGCAAGAACCUGAAAAAAUAGAACGGGAAUUUCAUUGCUAUUGUAUGAUAGAUAAAUGCGGCAAUUACCAGCUUCCGAACAUGAGCUAUAUUGAGAAGCACCGGAUUGUCGUGACCACUUGUAUUACUGCAGGAACUGUGUAUUUGCUCGGAAGAACGAAGUCUUACACUCAUAUCUUUAUUGAUGAGGCAGAGCAAGCAAUAGAACCAGAAAUCCAACUAGGUCCACUUGUCCGUUCUUCAAUUGCGAAAGAGCUUGGCCUUGGACAAUCUCUGAUCGAACGUCUUGACAAAAGCGAAUUCUAUGAUUUUGGCGAUACAAGUAUUUACGGGGUAAAGCUCCGGAUGAACUACCGCUCACACCCUAAAAUCCUAAGCUUUCCUAGUGCUAAGUUUUAUAACAAUGAUCUUAUACCCUCAGCUGACAAGCAAAUUACUCAUAACUUAGGUAACUUUUCUCUCCUCCCUACAAAGGAUUACCCGAUCAUGUUCUGGAAUGUAGAAGGUAAAGAAGAUCGUGAGGGCCAAUCCCUAUCGUAUUUCAAUGCUCGAGAGGCCGGUUAUGUGUUAGAAGUUGUUGUGAAACUUCAGAAACAAAACGUCAAGCCAAAAGAAAUUGGUAUCGUCACACCCUACGUUAAACAGGUUGAAAAGAUCAAGAAAUUGUUUAUAAAACGGAAUAUCUCUGGGGUGGAUAUUGGCACUGUGGAGAAAUUUCAAGGCCAAGAAAGACGCGUGAUCAUUAUUUCUACAGUUCGAACUAAAAAUGUUGAAUUCCUUGGGGAACCGAGACGGUUCUGCGUUGCUGUAACUCGAGCACAAGCUCUUUUGGUGGUAAUAGGAGAUGAAAAAGCGUUGUUCAAGAAAGAACUUUGGAAACAAUGGUUGAAAGAAGUGAAGGAAAAUGGUGGAUUUUCGAAUAAAGUUCUUCCUAAUAAAUAA